AUAUAAACAAUGGCCGGCCGCCACGUGGUUUCGUCUCGGUCCGUAUCGUCCGUAUCCACAAAACUCCGUCCGAACUGUUUCGCCGUCAAGAUCGGAGUACGUGCUGUGUCAAGCUUGGUGAGUCGUCUUGAAUCAAAUCCUCUUUGGAUCCUCGGUCACGGCAAUCCAGGCACGAAUCAGUCGAGUCUCCAAGAAAUUCCCAGCUGCGCGACGGUAGUGUAAUUCCGGAUUCAGCAGGCUGCCAGAAUUUUGCCGCAACCAGACUAUGCAGAGCUUGCACUACCGUCUUUUAUUAUUUGCAUGAAAAGACAAAUAAAGUGAGCGCCAAUCCAUUGUCUUGAGAAUCACCUCAUUAAAUCUGCCCUAAGUGUGAACGAUCAGUUUCAUCGUUGAAUUCUGAUACGAAUCCACACGGUGAAGAUGCCGACUGAGGCUAAUCGGAAAACGGACACUAAAGGAUGUAUGUUCUCACUAAUGUAUUCCUUGGGUUCCUUCGGACUGGCUUGUGCUAGCCUAUGGGAAAUGAACCCAUCAGACCGUAUAUCGAUGCCGAAGGGAGCCCUUUUGAUUAGUUUGGGAUUCGUAUACUUCAUAGCUCUCACAGAGUUUUUGAAUCGGUUGCUGCUUAGGACUGCUGUUGGGCUAAGCUUAGUUAAACGCUACAGGCUUCGAAUCUCCGAUGUUCUUGAUAUAACUAACAAAAUUGUGUCUGCUAUUCAGGCAACUUUUUCCUGUUUAGCUGGGUACAUCGUUUGCAGAUGGUCCUGUCCGCUUAAUUUUCUCCAAGCUUCGCAUUAUCUGUCCGAAUCGUAUGCAUGGUUUGCCGCUUCUUAUUUCUUUUAUGACAUCUGGUCGAUGUACAAAGUAUACGCCUCGGAAACAUCGAACAAAAUCUUGAAUAAGCUUGGACUCGGUUCUGCUAAUGGACAAAACGUUUCGGCGAAAGGAGGCAAGUUGAACACUGACGAAGUGGAAGGUUCUGCGGCAGCUGCUGCUAGCAACGGCACAAUAGAGAUGAAUAUUUUAACAGACAUUCCGAGCAUCGAAAACGGUACUUUGAGUAUAUUUUCGCCCAGCAAAUUUGGAAUGCCGAGCUUUGCACGGUAUUUGAUCACACAUAAGUUGAUGGUGUUUCAUCACCUAUUCAUUGGAUCGUACGGUCUAGUAGUGAUUUCAUAUUUGAGAGGUGGACUUGGAGACUGUGUAUUUAGCUUUAUGUACAUGAUGGAAUUGUCCACUCCGUUUGUUUCAUUUCGAGGAAUUCUAAGCGUUAUGGGACUGAAAGAUACCAAGGUCUAUAUGGUCAACGGCUUGGUUAUGCUCGUUACUUUCUUCUGGUGCCGAGUAUUUUUGAUGCCGUAUGUUUGUUACUACUACAGCCAAGUCGUAAAGCUACCAUUUUUCGAGGCAUUAUGGCGGCUACCCUUAGGUUGCAAAGUGAGCAUACUGGCCUUGUUCUUGCCACAGCUCUUCUGGUUUCGAUUAAUGUUACGAGGAGCAAUCAAGGUAUUUUUCACCAACAAAAAGUCCCCUAGCAACGGUAAACUUAUCAACGGGAGAGCCAACAGCAACGGAACUAGUCUUAAGGCUUCACAGUCCAAAGAUAAAGAGAUAAGAUCACUAAUGUAAAAGUCUCCGGAGAUUACCGAUUCUUACUGCUAACUGUGUAGUAGAGUGUUACACCGGAGCUAGCACCGAUCAAUGUUCUUAUUGUAUUGCUUAUACCGAAUUUAGAUUUAAACGUUUUGUAUGUAUGUAUAGGUAAAAAAUCUUUUCAUCAUCCCGUAGAUUAGUGACUAAUGGCCAGCAACUGUUUACCGGGCCUUAGCGAGGCAACUUACGUACAAGUAUUUCUUAUUUGCAGAAAAAAUAUUAAAAGUUUUACACCUAUUUUUUACAAAUUUUUAUUUUGUUUUGUUCUGAACACAUCACAUAUUAUGGUGAAAUACAAAUAUGAGAGGGUUUAGAAAUGGUUGGUUCUCGCUGGUUUGUUCAUGGUUAUAUUUUUGAUAUUAUAACCUAUUAUUCGCGUAAAGUGUCCAUUCCUUUUAGGCGUUUUAUCUGUUUGCCGUAACUGAUCUGACGUAUAUUUCGACUUUUGCCCUUAAAUUCAAAUUAUGCUCUAGUUGCCAUCCUAAAGCUACAGAUGAUAAAAACUUUUGUUGGCAUGAAGUAAAAUUUAUACAAUAGCGGACAAGCCACAUAAGAGCAGUACAUUUAUUUUCUAAUCAAUAAUUAAGCCACUAGUUCUCAUUUACUUACAUUUCUUCUAUUGGUUGCUAUCUAGUCAUUGUAGAUGUUAUACUUAGUAUCAGCUUUUUAGCACCCGCACUAAACAGAUCAUUGGUACCCAAGCACUUUAUGAACAACAAAAAAUUGAACACUAGUGAAUAAAGCUAUUAAGCCAAAUCUGUAAUCUUCAACGUUCCAGAGAUGAUAAUAUAUGUGGCAUUUACCUGUUAGGGCACUUCCGCUUUUAUAUAAUAUAUGUAUACAUUGUUGUUUACUAUUGAUUAAUAUUAGUAGGUACUGCGCUAUUGAAGUGACCGAAAGUUUAAGCAGUGACGUGCAGAUAUUUUUUUAGAAAGUUGUUGUUAUCGAUUACAAAAUGUGAGAAUGAAAAGCUGUGGGCAAACAAAUAGCAAUCAAGGUACAGCCAUAAAAAAAUAUUUUGGCCCCCAAAAAGUGGGCAGAGAAUCCUGUUAGUGUUGUUAAGCAUUGAUGUAUUUACUACCAUACCCAGGUGCAUUCUUCGUUCGAAAAACUUUCAUUAACGCAGAUUAGAAAUUUCAAUACUUUGACACCAAAUGCUACUUCACUGAAGUAUACUAUCUUUGUUUUACUGAUGCUAUCUAAUCGAUGUUUGAAAGAAUCAAGCGUAUCAUAAAAAUAUACGCAUAAAAACCUUAAAAAGUCGAAUACCUUUAUUGGUGUCGCUAUCUUUUUUCUCGAUCUGCUGUUUUCGCUUUAACCAAGAUUUAAAGUUGUUCGAAAUAUCUUUUGAUUUUUCUAUAAGCUUAUAGGAAAGUUCCUAUUCAAAAUGCUUGAAUUUAUACGAGAGGAUUCUCUGCAUACAGUAGGAUUAAAAUUAUUUGAUAUCGAAAGGAAACCAGUUUGUUGGUACAAAUCUGAAGUUGGUACUGCAAUCGAAAAUUUGAACAGAAACAUCAUAGGACGAAACCAAAGUCGAUGUGUAAAAAUCAAAGUUAAUGUCAACAGAGCUUUCAUUUUUAGAAAAUAUAUACACGUUUACAACAAAUGUUUGGAAAUAUUUUUGAUGUUAAGUGUACGUACAUCCUCCGAAACAAUAAAAACACAGCAUCUUGCAACCUUACGUAUUCGGAAUAUGCAAGAAUAUACGAUAUAUAAAUGCAGUUCACGUACAUUAUUGUCCUGAUGGGAAUAUUUUUACAUCAAUAAACUUAUGACGACUGUAACGACAAUGAAGUUCUAUAAAUAACACAAUAAGUAUAUAAAACCCAUAUCCAUAUAAAAUCAAAAGAAAAGAAAAUCAAAACUCAAAGCAGGUAAAAUAAUGAAAAAAAAGCUUUUCACUUGUUACGUACUGCAGAAGAGCAAACUAAAGUAUAUUUGCACCUAUAAAAUUAUUCUUAACGGAAUUGAACUACCAUCAAUCAUUGUUCCAUAAAUAUACGAAGAAUGUGAAAUGUUAUAGAUGUUUAACACAAAUGUUUCGAUUUUAUGUAGGUAAUUUGGUUUUUUAAAGAAAAAUGUUUAUAAAAAAUAUAAGUAAGGUACACCGGGGCAAGUGCAAACGGUUUUCACCAUAGUUCAACUUUCACAUGUCCUAGAAAAAUAUGUAUAUGUUCAAAUAUUAUCAAUUAUCGUUCGUUGCAUCACUAAAAUAGUUCUAAACAAAUUCCUGUUGAAAGUGAAAAAUAAAAAAAUGUUGGUAAAAAGUAACGGUGCUUUUGUGAAAAAAUUUCAAAAUUUGCACUUGCCCCGUUUAUGGGGGCAAGUGCAAACGCAAUACUUUUUCCUAACUAAUUCACAAAUGAGUCAGUGCAUCGGUCCUAAAAUGAAUUGAACACAUGUUCCGGCACGUUUUAUCAACUUUUAUUCAUAUAUUUGCUGUUUUGUUGCAAUAUUGAUAACUUUUUGGAACUCCAUUUUUGGUGACUGUUGUUUUAAGCAAAAGACCUUCAUUUACUAAUGCAUUACGGAACUUUGAACAUCCGCUUUAGAUACAACCCUUUGGUACCCCUUCUGACCAUUUCAAUAUAAUGCUGAACCAUUUUGGUGAUGAAUUUUCUGAAAUGGCUGAUGUUACAUGGCUUAAAGGUACGUUUGCACUUACCCCGGUAGUGUCGUUUGCACUUGCCCCGCAGUGUGGGUUAACAAGAGCGAAUAUUAUUUUCACAACUUUCGGGGUUAAUGAAAAUUUAUCAUAAAUUUUCUGCUUUCACUUGAAUAUCGGUCCCAAACACUCACCUUUUAACGAAAAUUCGGAUUUGAAUGCCCUUCUUUGUAGCCAAAAUAUGCAAAACAAAAACACACUGUUUAUGUCUAGUACGUACUUGAAUUCGUGUGUGAUCAAACAGUGCCGUGUUUUUGGUGAAAAAUUUAAAGAAAGUUUAGUUUAUCUAUGUCAGAUUGUUCGUUUGGGUGUAAACAACAAUUUCUAGAAGAAGAAAUAUUUUUUACUUUUUUUGUAACAGAGAAAAGUUGAGCGUUUGCACUUGCCCCGAGUUUGCACUUGCCCCGGUGUACCUUAAAUAAUAAAGCUUCAGUUCAGGAACCCAUAGACACAACCUCUGUAAUCGAAGAUUUAGAAAUGGAAUCGAUGGAUAACACAAAACAAUGCAAAACAUUUUCCUAGGAAGUUGAAGGACAAAUAAUAUGGCACUUUUAAAAUAA